UCAUAUGUAUAUGGACAUCUAUAUAGCUCCAACUGAGGAAAUAAACAAUUGAACAGAACACAACUGCUAACAUUUAAAACAAAAUAAAUUAAUAAAAAAAAGAAAAUCAGAGGCAAUAAGGUCGAUGUUACAUCACAAAUUAACAAUACUUUCCCGAGAAAAUCCAGACCGAUGAAUCCAACUCAAGCAAUCUUCUUCUUCUUUUUUGUCGUCUCCUCCGGUUAUGUCUCCGGUCAGUCUCCUCCCGCCGGCGACGAACAUCCGUACAGAACCGGCGAGCUUGUCGCGAACUUCGAACCGAGCUUAGCUGUCGUCACCGGAGUUUUGUCGAUCAUGUUCACCCUCACUUUCGUCCUUCUCCUCUACGCCAAAUGUUGCUACAGCGAUCUCCGAUCAGACGUCGGAGAAGGACAAACCCGUCAACGGAUUGUCAACGACUCGGCCAGAUUCUCCGGUUUGGACAAGACAGCGAUCGAAUCUCUGCCCUUUUUUAGAUUCUCCGCUCUGAAGGGAUCGAGACAUGGACUGGAGUGCUCUGUUUGUCUGUCGAGAUUCGAAGACGUAGAGAUUCUCAGGCUUCUGCCCAAAUGCAGACACGCUUUCCACAUCGGUUGUAUCGAUCAGUGGCUUGAGCAACACGCUUCUUGCCCUCUCUGCAGGAACAGAAUCGCCAUUGACGAUCCCUCUGUCUUCGCCUACAGUAACAGUCUUAGGUUCUUGAACCAGACCGAGGUAAGGGAAGAUUCCAGCUUGGAACUUUGCAUCGAAAGGGAAGAAAAAGGCGAAGAAUUCAGCAUCGGAGGAAGUUUCAGGAAGAUUCUGAAGAUGGGUAACAAGGAAAAACCGAUUUCGGAAAACGAGAAGCAGAUGCACAGGUUCAAUCACAGGAUUGUCGUGUCGGAUGCCGUGUUCCAGAGUCGUUGGAGCAACGUGAGUUCAUCGGAUUUGAUGUUCUUGAACUCUGAGCUGAUCAAUUCGAUGUCCAGCGACAGAUUCUCGUGGAUGGAUCGACCACAGAAAGAUCCGAUGAGAACGUCGACUGGUGCGAGUGAAGUCCCGGAGCAAGAAGGAAUCUCUCGGAUCAUGGAAGAGAUGGAGAUGAAGAGAAUGGUCGCGAACACGCUGAGUUCGAUGAACACGACAUUCCCGAACCCUCUGUCUGAACCAGGGAACACAGAAUCGGGGAGAACAGCUGGGACAGGAAGAAGAUCUGUGUCUGAAAUCACGGUGGUCCCAAGACGCAGCGUUUUGCAAGCGACGGGAACAAAGAACAACGCGAUUCCUGAAAAUAACAGCGAUUCGACAGCGAUUGCAUCCGUGAGUGCGCUUGCGUUUGCGUCUUCAUCGCGAAACGUGACGACAGAGGAAAGGAGGAGGCGGCUGUGGUUGCCGAUCGCGAGAAGAACAGCUCAGUGGUUUGCUAACAGAGAACAAAGAUUUCAACACCAUUUGGAUAAUAUCGUAGGAGGAUGAGAAGUGAUCGCCGGU